GUUUGGAUAUCGACAGGGGGAGGAGGCAGAGGACCAGCGGGCUGCUCACAGAUGGAGCACCAGGGCUCCGGGAGCUCAGGGCGCACGGCGGACCUGGACUGAGUGACUCUGGUGGAUGGACGCUGCUCCCCGGUUCAGGCUGUUCACAGCACGGCCAUGACGGGCACCCAGGAGCCAGACCUGCAUGAGCAGCACAGAGGACCAACGCAGGAGGAAGGGGAUGAGGAGGAGGAGGGGGAGAAGGUGCAUGUGUCAGUUGAGGGAGAGGAGAAGGAGCAGGAAGGGGAGGAAGAGGAGGAGGAGGAAAAGGAGGAGCUGCCGUACCCCACUCUAGCACCAGUGGUCCUUCUGGCUCUGACCCAAACCAGCCCACCCCGCUCCUGGUGCCUUCGAGCUGUCUGCCACCCGUGGUUUGAACGUGUGAGCAUUUUGGCCAUCCUGUUGAACUGUGUGACUCUGGGGAUGUUCCAGCCUUGUGGCCACACCCCCUUCUUCCUGCAGGCUCUGGAUGAUGGGAUCUUUGUGUUUUUUGCCGGGGAAAUGCUGGUGAAGAUGGUGGCUCUUGGGGUCAUAGGUCAGAGCGGUUACCUAGGUGACACAUGGAACAGAUUGGACUUCUUCAUUGUUAUAGUGGGAAUGCUGGAGUAUUCCCUUGAUGGACACAACGUCAGCCUAUCAGCCAUCCGGACUGUGCGGGUUCUCCGCCCACUGAGAGCCAUCAACAGAGUUCCCAGUAUGCGUAUCCUGGUGACCCUCCUCCUAGACACACUUCCCAUGCUGGGUAACGUGCUGGCGCUGUGCUUCUUUGUCUUCUUCAUUUUCGGCAUCGUUGGAGUGCAGCUGUGGGCGGGGCUACUGAGGAACCGCUGUUUCAUGGGAGAGGAUGUCAAGAUGAGAUAUAACAUUUCCUUCCUGAGUGGCUACUAUCGGCCAGAUGGCACCGAUGACCACCCCUUCAUCUGCUCGACAGACAGAGAAAACGGGAUGCUUCGGUGCUCCGAUGUGCCUCGCCGCCGCAUAGGCAGGACUUCCUGCCUCCUGGGCGCUGAGGAGGCCCGUUCAGAGAUGGGACUUAGAGUAGAUGAACCAGUCUCAUGUGUGAACUGGUACCAGUAUUACAAUGAGUGUCGGGCCGGGGAAAUGAACCCGCACAAAGGAGCUAUUAACUUUGAUAACAUUGGAUAUGCAUGGAUUGCCAUUUUUCAGGUAAUUACUCUAGAAGGUUGGGUGGACAUCAUGUACUAUGUCAUGGAUGCACAUUCCUUCUACAACUUCAUCUACUUCAUUUUCCUCAUUAUAGUGGGUUCCUUCUUCAUGAUCAAUCUGUGCCUGGUCGUCAUAGCAACACAGUUUUCUGAAACAAAACAGAGAGAACACGCCUUAAUGAAGUCGGAGCAGCAUGCCCGCCAGCUCCACCAAUCAGCUUCCACGCUGGCCAGCGACAGCCAACCAGGAAGCUGCUACGAGGAGAUCAUCCGCUACCUGGCGCACCUUGGCCGUAAGGCAUGGCGACGACUGUCCCGCGUCUAUGCUCAGACACGCACACACUUUCACUGUGUGUGUGUGUGCCAGAGAGACAGAAGGUGUGGAUCCGCCAGAGGGGGCGGAGUUGGGGAGAUGAAUGGACUUGCCCACCGACACUCAGGCCACGCCCCCAAUGACCUGUCACACCUUCAUCAGCUUUAUCAUCAUCACCAGCAUCACCACCAGCAGCAUCAGCCUCAGUCUGAGCCUGCUGUCAGUAAUGGAGGGAACGGUUUUAAUUAUCCCUUCAUAUCACCCCUCUUCAGUCACCUGGACGCAAAAGGCCGGGACCAGAAAAGGAUGGCUGCCACGGAGACCGUCAGCAGAUUGCCACAGCUGGUGCUGGAGCAUGGUGUGUGCUCUGGGCAUCCUGCUUUACCGUUGCCGGGUGAAGUCCCAGGAGAGUCCUCAGUAUGCCCCUACUGCAUCUACUACAACCAACUUGGUGACAGCGAAAAUGUUAAUGAGCAGCCUGAAGACCAGCACCCUGGGUACAGCAACUCAUGCCAUGGCAACAGCCCGUGUCAUAGUAACAGCCCAUGCCACUGUAGCAGCCCCUGCCACGGUGAUGCACAGGUGUCUGAGCCAAAGAAAGGGCUGUUCGAGCGUUGCUGGGCGGGUCCCCGAACUAAACUCGAACUCAUUGUUAGCAGUAGAUACUUCAACAGAGGAAUCAUGAUUGCCAUCCUUAUUAACACGCUGUCCAUGGGCAUAGAGUACCACGAACAGCCACAGGAGCUGACAGAUAUUUUGGAGAUCAGUAACAUGGUGUUCACAAGUCUCUUCAGUCUUGAGAUGCUGCUGAAGCUCCUGGCUCUUGGGCUCUUUGGCUACAUCAAGAACCCUUACAACGGCUUUGACAGCGUCAUUGUCAUUAUCAGUGUGUGGGAGAUUGUGGGGGAGGCAGAGGGAGGCUUAUCGGUGCUGCGUACCUUCCGUCUGCUGCGAGUUUUGAAGCUGGUCCGGUUCCUUCCUGCCCUGAGGAGGCAGCUGGUGGUGUUGAUGAAGACCAUGGACAAUGUGGCCACGUUCUGCAUGUUGCUGAUGCUCUUUAUAUUUAUAUUCAGUAUCUUGGGGAUGCAUCUAUUUGGCUGUAAAUUCGGUUUGCGACACGACAGUGGAGACACCUUACCUGACAGAAAAAACUUUGACUCUCUGCUCUGGGCGACUGUCACUGUGUUUCAGAUCCUCACCCAGGAGGACUGGAAUGCGGUGCUCUAUAACGGGAUGGCCUCCACCUCGCCGUUGGCUGCCCUCUAUUUUGUUGCCCUCAUGACCUUUGGCAACUACGUCCUCUUCAACUUGCUAGUAGCCAUUUUGGUUGAGGGCUUUCAAGCUGAAGGUGAUGCCAACAGAUCUGAGGCAGAUGACGAGGGACAAUCACUCUCUUAUGAGGAUGAGGAGAAGUUGAGAGAGUUAUAUGCUGCAGAGCUCAAGAUCCAGGCCAUGAUGCUAAGCCCCAAUGGACUUCUGAACCCAAAAGCCUCCAUGCCCCACCCUCCUCCUCCACCUCUGCCCGUCAUCACACACACCGCAGCCACACCCACCAUAAACUCCGGACAGUCACGGCGAGCGAGUGGUGCUUCCAUGGAUAUCAGCAGCCUCGAGCAGAGGUCACCGUCUCUGUUGGACAGCGGUCCGGAGAGUCGUCGCUCCAGCUGGACCAGCAUCAGUCGAGCCCCCAGCCUCCACAGGAAGAGCCAGUCGGGAGAGAUGGAGUCCCUGUUAUCCGACACUCAUACGAGCUCCAACCCCAGCAGCAGGGAGCAGUCUCUGGACCAGCCUGAGUACCUGCAGGUGCCCCUGCUUCACCCACCCGACUGCAACGGCACCACCUUUCACCUCCCUGACAACUGCUACGACGACGCUCUCCUAACGACACAUUACCACAGUGAUCAGGAGGACGAGGAGGUUGAGGAGAGUUUAUGUAAGAAGCUGAAGAAGAUGCUGGAGCCAUAUGAGCCUCAGUGGUGCCUGGAGCAUGAAGAAUGGUCCCUCUAUUUGUUUUCUCCACACAACCGGUUCAGGUUGUGGUGUCAGAGGGUCGUAGGCCACAAGAUGUUCGAUCAUGUCAUCCUCCUCUUCAUCUUCCUGAACUGCAUCACCAUUGCACUGGAGAGACCUGACAUACAGCCGAACAGCAUGGAGCGGGUGUUCCUCAGUGUGUCCAAUUACAUCUUCACUGUGAUCUUCGUGGGUGAAAUGAUGAUCAAGGUGGUAGCUAUGGGCCUGUACUUUGGGAAUGGCGUCUACCUCCAAAGCAGCUGGAAUAUAUUAGAUGGGUUGCUGGUGUUUGUAUCGCUGGUGGACAUCCUGGUCUCCAUCGCAUCAGCAGGUGGUAAUCGAAUCUUAGGCAUCCUCCGUGUGCUUCGUCUGCUCCGCACACUGCGACCUCUCAGGGUGAUAAGUCGGGCUCCAGGUCUAAAGCUGGUGGUAGAGACUCUGAUCACAUCUCUCAGACCCAUCGGGAAUAUCGUCCUCAUCUGUUGUGCUUUUUUCAUUGUUUUUGGGAUAUUAGGAGUCCAGCUGUUUAAGGGGAAAUUCUUCUACUGUGACGGGCUCGAUGUGAGUAACAUCACCAAUAAAACCCAGUGUCUAGGGGCAGGAUACAACUGGGUUAGACGGAAAUACAACUUUGACAACCUUGGACAGGCUCUCAUGUCGCUGUUUGUGCUGUCAUGUAAAGACGGCUGGGUCAGUAUCAUGUAUGAUGGCCUGGAUGCUGUCGCUGUGGAUCAGCAGCCAAUAAGAAACAACAACCCAUGGAUGCUGUUGUUCUUCAUCUCUUUCCUCCUCAUCGUCAGCUUCUUUGUGCUUAACAUGUUUGUGGGCGUGGUGGUGGAAAACUUUCACAAGUGUCGCCAGCAGCAGGAGGAGGAGGAGGCACGGCUGAGGGAGGAGAAACGACAGAGGCGGUUGGAGAAGAGGAGGAGAAGGGCCCAGGAGAAGCCGUAUUACGCCGACUACUCCCUGUUGCGUCGAUCCAUCCACACCGUGUGCACCAGCCACUACCUGGAUCUCUUCAUCACCAUCAUCAUCUUCACAAACCUGCUCACCAUGAGCAUGGAGCACUACAACCAGCCUCAGUUCCUUGAGGAGAUACUGAAGUAUUGCAAUUAUGUCUUCACGCUGGUUUUUGUCAUCGAGGCCAUUCUCAAACUCAUCGCUUUUGGCCUGCGCCGCUUUUUCAAAGAGAGAUGGAACCAGCUGGACCUUGCCAUUGUGUUGUUGUCCAUCAUGGGAAUCACACUGGAGGAAAUAGACCUGAAUGCUUCCCUGCCCAUCAACCCCACCAUCAUACGCAUCAUGAGAGUCCUGAGGAUAACACGAGUGCUGAAGCUGUUGAAGAUGGCUACAGGAAUGAGAGCUCUGUUGGACACAGUGAUGCAAGCGCUGCCUCAGGUGGGGAAUCUGGGUCUGCUCUUCAUGUUGCUGUUCUUCAUCUAUGCAGCUCUGGGAGUUGAGCUCUUUGGAAAACUGGAGUGUUCAGACGAGAACCCAUGUGAGGGUCUUAGUCGCCACGCUACCUUUGACAACUUCGGCAUGGCUUUCCUCACCCUCUUCAGGGUGUCUACCGGCGACAACUGGAAUGGGAUUAUGAAGGACACCCUACGUGAGUGUCGCCCACAGGAUCGCAACUGCCUCUCCUACCUGCCCUUGAUCUCCCCCGUUUACUUUGUCACCUUCGUCCUAACGGCUCAGUUCGUUCUGGUCAAUGUGGUUGUAGCUGUUCUGAUGAAGCACCUGGAGGAGAGCAACAAGGAGGCGCAGCUGGAGGAGAUGGAAGAGAGGAGAGAGCGGGAGGAGAGGAGGGAGAGGGAGGAGGCCAACCGACGCCUCAGUACUGCGUCUUUGAGCGGAGACCUGGGCCAAAACUCUGAUACACCUGCUCAGGUGCAGGUUGAGGAUGAGGAGUGUUCCCAUGGCAACCUGCUGAGCAUGGGACGCAUGCUGUCUCUCCCCAGCGACAGCUACGUUCAGCCACUCAGAUGCUCCCCUUAUCCUCCCGUUGGACACGAGGCCUACUCCGGCUACAGCUACUCAGGCUCCAUGUCAUCCCUGGGCUCCAGUGGAGGCGGCUCUCUGCUGCAGGUUCCAGGAGCUCUGCCCACCAUAAGCCACGCUUCACUGGGAUCUGGACGCAGCUCAAGGCCAAUGAUCUGCCUCAGCACCUCUCAGAGCAUCGACAGGCACUCCCCACACAGGCUCAGUCCAGCCGACAGCAUAGAGGGAUACAGGCUCAGUCCUGCUCACAGAAUGAACAGACACAGACUUAACUCAGCUCACAGCAUUGAUGGAUACAAGUUCAGCCCGGCCCAUCGGAUAAACAGACACAGACUCAGCUCUGCCCACAGUAUAGAUGGAUACAGGCUGAAUCAAGAACAAAACACGGACAGACCUAAACUCAUGUCCAGCCACAGCAUAGACAGACAUCCGUCACUCAGACUGAGUCCCACUCACAGCUCCAGCAGACGUCCUUCUCAUUGGCUCAGUCCUGAAGACAGUUUAGACAGAAACAAGCUGAGUCCCUCCUACAUCCCAGAUAGUUCAGCUCUGAAGAGACCAGCAUCUUUCCGCACCGCGAGCAGACAGUUGCGGAGACAGGAGGCUGUGCGAUCUGAUUCUCUGGAUCAGAGUGAUUCAGCUGACGAUCUGGCAGAGCCUCACCUCACUGUGUCCACCGCCUCUUCCACGCCACCACGCCAGCGAUCAUCCAGUGUACACACACUGAAAUAUACACACUCCCAGAGGGUCAUCUCAUGCAAGAGCCACAGCCGGAGCCACAGUGAAACCAGUGGACAAGAACGUGUACCUGAGCAGGCCAUCUGCGGCUUGCAGCCAGAAACAGAUGUUGAGAAGAGGCCUGUCAGCCCUCAGAGCCUGUCCAGUCUGAGGGUCCCCAGCAGUGAAUCCACCCUAUCAGCUCCGCACUGUAACUCAGCCAGCCCUGGCCCUGGCUCCGAGCCCGGCCCCCAGUUAGAUGACGCCGAUGAGGAAGUCAGCCGUAUUAAUAGUUCUGUUCACACUCACUCACACACACAACUUCCUCCCAGCUCCUCACACAAAAGCAGACACCUUACCCCGAGCCCCAGGGAGCACAGGAGCCGCCUCAGCCAAUCAGUGUCCCCGGUGUCGGGCAGGAACAGGAAGCAGAGGAUGAGCCCGCCGCCGGAGGAGGAGCCGGUUACUACGGCAACCCAGCUGAUGGACAGCAAUGUUGAGCUGAGAAGGCGAACUCUGUCAUUUGACGCCACACCCCUCUCUCCUAAUCAGCCGGAGGGGAGCUCUAUGGAGGACUAAACAAACUCAGUGAUGGGUGGAUGGAUUGGUUCUUCUCUAAAGUGGAGGAGACGAAUGUGCUGCUGGAGCACACGAGAGGGGUGAGAGUCGCAAUCCCAAACAGGAAGUAUACCUGUUUCCUGUUUCAGGCAACGCCCCUCGCCUUGUCCUGUCCAAUCACAAAAUUUUCACAGGGUGUUUGAGACGACCUCUUUCAGACUGUGUAUGUAUGAGUGUGUAUGUGUUCAAAAGACUUUUACCCCUUUGUGCUAAUUGCACACAAGAUGCACACAAGAUGUUUCCUUUUCUUCUAUCAUAGUCCUAGCUUUAGUUCAGACAUAGUAGUCACUCUCCAGCUAUAUUUACCCAAACACUAACCUUUCCCUUGCUUGCGCUCCCCCUUCUGCCCUCACUCUCAUCCUUAAACUUGCACCUCAAGCCUAGGUCAGAGUACAAGAUGAAAUCACACGGAAGGUACAGUACAGGUUAAGUUACAGACUGAUCUGCUCAUGUUGAUACAAACAUGUAGACAAAGAAAUAACACAGACAGGGAUGGGAAAUAAUGAUUUUGUUUAAAUUAUUGAUUAAUCUGCUGAUUAUUUUCUCUAUUAAAAAUUGACCUAAUAAUUCAUUAAUUAUUAAAAUUGUUCCAACUCUUGGAUAAUCACUUACACUACAUCUACACACAGCAUCUAAUUCUGUCUCAUAAUAAUUUGCCAGAACUUUUUACUGCAAGUAAAAGUCUUGCAUUUCUUGCUCUGUGGUGCAGAAAUUACAGUUAAUGUUUACAGAAGAAACAUAUUUUUAAAUCAUAAACUUACAAAAAGUUAAAGUUUUUUAUAAGAAAUUGCUUAAUUUGUAAUUGAAGACUUGAAGACUAUGGAUUGGUGCAAACACACACCAUUUUAUAACAGACAUAUUCCUCCAAAAACCAAAUUGUACAGCAGCCUGUUAAAAUAAGAAUCUUGUAUUUAACCAAGCUGGAGUUUUUAGCUGGUAAAUAUGACCUCUGUUCUAAUUUUUCUUACCUCUUGACCAACAGUAAACUGCCACUGGAUGUUGCUUGAUCAUUCUCAGACUACAGUCUAAGAAAACCUUGAUAUCUUGUUGAUUUAUCCCGGAAUUUUCCUCCCACGCCUGAAUCCACCCAACCCUGACAGUUAGAAAAAUCAAUUCGCUGUCAGAGCCUCUAAGUUAAAAUCCUGUAGUGUGACCUAGGCUUCAGUAGUCUCUACCUCGCUUUUUCCUGAUCCAACCCAUUCGAAUGUUCAGACGGCUUAGUUUUCUCACUCCCCUCCACUUUCCUUUUCUCUGUCUUAGUAUUCUCAGGGUAGAGGUAGUUCAGGCAGGUGAGUGUGAAGCAUGUGAUCAGAGGUCCGCAGAGUUAGAUUGCCCCCUGCUGUCUGAAGCCAGAGCUGGCCCGUGUCGCCGGGUGUUUGAAGAUGUUAUGCUGUAUAAUGAGUGCAGGGUGAAAUGUAGACUGAAGCAGAUGUACAGAAGGGCUUAUUCUGGUGUUAAAACUUUGUAGAAAAAGGCGAAGAUUAUAUUUUAUUAACACAGCAGCAAUGAUAUGAGAACCAUAAAGGUGAAUUUCUACAUUGUUGAAUGUCAUUUUAUC